AUGGCGUCUCACGCGCCGUCCUCCUCGUCCUGGAGACGUCGGGAGACGCUCCAGAGGUCUAACUCCAGGCCGCCCAACUACCCGCUGCGCCGCUCCGUGGACGCCAGCACCAGCUACAACACCUUCCGCAGCAACAGCGGCAGCAACAUCUCGUCUGUCUCGUACCCGUCGCUGGGGCUGUCCACGCUGGCGGCGCGCAAGCGACUGCUGCAGGCCAUCGAGCGCAAGAUCCAGGAGAAGGAGGACUCGUCCAACCUCACGACCGAGUUCCGGGACCCGUUCACGCUGCUGCUGGCGCUCUGCGCCUCCUUCCGCUUCGUGGACGCCGCCAGACGCUUUGCAGACGACCGGGCAGACCGUGGCUUGGCCGCAGUGGGGGAAGGGCUCUUCCUCGUGGCCGCUGCGGUGGGCAAUGUGAUGCUUAAUAGGACGCAGAAGAAACGCCACCAUGCCGAGAUGGCGGAGAGGGUGCGAGUGGCAGUGCAGCAGAUGAUGAAGGAUAGUGGCAAGAAGACAGAGGGGUACGCGGAGGACCAGAGCCCGCCCGUGUGGCUUGGCACGGGGCUCCAGCCGACGGUCUUACUGCCGUCGAACAGCUACGUGGCCUGUUACAGAGACAGUCAGUGGCAACGGCUGCCGAUGAACUUGCUGGUGGAGGGAGAUGUAGUGGGCUUGAUGAGCGGAGAUUUUGCGCCCGGGGAAGUGAGGCCCGUGGAGGCGGGUGGGAACGAGGGCCAGCAGGUGUAUCUGAGAGGGUGUAAGCUGCCGUCCUGGACGAGGAGGCAUGCGAAGGAUACCUCAAGGUGUACGGCGACAUUUGAUCCGCCCUUGUUGUUGGAGUUGUGCGGAGAGAUGAGAAUCUUCGAGAUGCUAGAGACGCCUGUGGUGAGGGAUAUCGAAGACGCGCUGUUUCGCAUCAACCGGCCGCAAACGCCGACGCAGAAGCUGCAGGCGCAAGCACGGUUGGUGGCGGUCUACAUUUGCACUUUGUAUUCGAUUCUAGUACUUGUGGCUAUUGGGCUACGCGUGGUGGUUCAACAUCGGUCGCUGGAGACGACUCUUACGCAUAUUCUGCUCGGACCAAUCGGAGUGUGGCUGUGUUUUGCUUCGCUGAAUACGCCGUUGGUUCUGUUCGUCGCCGAAGCGGCAGCAACAGCGUCCAUUCUAGGCUCAUUUGACGACAUUCUGGCACCAAAGGAACAAACACACAAGGAGCAGACUGCUGAAGCCAAUGAAGACGAAUCUGCUGAGGAGGUGCUGCCGGAGAACAGUCCCCCCAAAACAGGCAAAGGCGUACCAAAGUCAUCGAGGAAAGACUCGCAGCAUCAAGACGAAAGCAAGUCGCGCAUUGAUAGCGCCAUGGCAUCGAUUCUAAAGGCAACCGCACUUGCACCACCGGAUAUCUACGACGUUGAGGAUCGUGAAAAGUUACGCUCGGAAAAAGCACAGAAGCAGUCUGCAAUUAUGCGAUCACUCCAGUACUUCCUGGUAGUGCUUCGAUUUCGGGUCAUGCACUGUGACCUAGCGCACGUGUCUGACCGACGGCACCUUCCUGUGCCAUUCCGUUCAUUUCGUCUAUUGGAGCGCUUGGGAAACAUCACGAUGUUGUGCUGCUUCGACGAUGAUAUUCUAUGCGAACAGACUCCAUCGGUGGAGGAGAUAUUUCUCUUGAACGACAAACAGAACAACAAUUCCACAGUCCUCGACCUGCAUGCAGAACGGCACUGCGACACAGGACUGAAAUUUGAGGACCCAAAAUGGAAGCAGCACUUACCGUCGCUUAAACCCAUUGGAUUGGCUGUCAUGGUGAAUGACGACGAAAACCCAGCACGGCACUAUGAUGAAAACAUGCGCUAUUUAGUGAAUGAGGGCCUUUGCGGCGUUGACGACGGUGAUGCGAGAGAUCCGUAUUUGAGAAGUUGCAUGCAGCGGCUAUCAGCUCAUAUCCGAAUGCUUCCGUUCCCAAAGCACCUGCUCAAUCUUUCUCGUGAAAUGGGGUUUUCAGUAGCUGAUGAUUUGACUAUGUUCCAGAGGCGGCAAUCUAUUCACAUCAUUUGCCCCAGGCUAGCUCAUCAUGAACACACAAAUGAUCACCACGAUCAAGGACAGGAUGACACGCGCUACCGUGGGAAUCUGAAGUCGCAUCUUUAUUCUACGGUGGUGCUAGACAAGCGCUCACAUCGUCACCAGCUGCUGUCGCGUGGCCACCCGACGGUUGUGCUAGCUCACUGCAGCGAGUACUGGGACGGAAAAUCGAUAUGCCCGUUGACAAGUGAAAAGCAGCGCGCAAUUCUCGACAUGUACAACCAGUGGCGUGUUGAAGACCUAGACUGCAUCGCAUUUUCGUACGUUCCUGUUCCUCACAAGCUCAACUCGUUGUUCACGCGCACUGGCUCCAGUAGCAACGGAGGAAGCUUUCUGGAUUCACCAGACGCUGGUUCAACCCGAAGUCAACUUGGCAGGUUAGGAGGCACGCUGCCACCGGUGUAUCUGGUUGACGACAGCGCAGCCAGUGAAUUGAAUUCCCCGCAAUCCAAUGCUGGACGGAACAGCAUGGUCUUUUCUAGCAGUAUGAGUGAAGAUCGAGGAUUCGGACGACGAUUUAGCCACUCGGCAGGACCAGUCUCGCCGUUGGCCUCUCCGGAUUCAUUUGAUGAUAUGUCGGUAGACCAAGACUCAAUUUCGGGAGCGCGUAUGUCCAAGUCAAUGGGAGCUCCCGCAAGCGGCCAGAUUACACCGCCUUCUAAACGACGUGGCAAUUUGACGCUAAGCGAUGUCGAGUCGUCGGUGGGCCUUCAUCCAUCCGAAACAAGUUCUGUUGAGAAGGAUUCCAUGCUCUGGCGCAUCCAGGAUGACCAAAUCUUCUUGGGAAUGGUUGCCACGGGGGUCCAACCAAAACAACAUACGCCCGAUUUCAUCGAGGACUUGAAUGCUUGUGGCAUUCGGUUCGUGUAUUUCUCACCCCGGAAUAUGCGUCGGAGCAAGCUACUCGCUGAAAAAAUGGGCAUCGAGACAGAUUGGAACUGCGCUAUCUCGCUGCGGCCACUGGAUAGUGACGGGCCAGAUCCUCAUCGAAUGACGUCUAAUUACUCGGACUGGGAUGUGAAAGCGAGGUUACCGCAUGGUGUCGAAGCGAUCAAGAGGCACCUCGCUGAAGUUGAUAAUGUGCCGUUGUUGGUGUCACUAUACACCGACAGCACUCCCGAGACAAUUAGCGAGAUGAUAUCUAUCUUUCAGGAGAAUCAUGAAGUGGUUAUGGGCGUGGGGUCGUCGUUGAAGGAAAGCAACGCGCCAUUAUUCUCGAAGGCUGACCUGGCCGUCGCAAUGCAAGGAGGUGUCCACGCAUUUUUUGACAAGCCAAUUCCGCAAGGAAAGGAGCUCCCUGUGUUUUCCGACGAGGAUAUCCAGUUUAGCCAUAUUCUCAACACAUUGUCCGUUGCGCAUUUGAUCGAGCUUAUCCGGCUCGGUCGUCGGAUGCUCACGAAUUUUCACCAGAUGAACACGUUCAUAUUCGUGUCUCAGCUAUUCAUCGCUACACUCAUCUUGGCCUCGUACGCGGUGCCGUUUCCGCAUGUGCCGCAGUUGAGCUGCGCUUCCAUUUUCUGGCUGCUGUGGGUGUUGGUGCCAGCGCUUAGUCUGUCAAUGCUGGCAUCAGCGAGUGAAAAGGGGAUCAUGAAGAGGACACCUCGCAAAAACGAGGAGUUCGACAUGGACGAGGAUCUACCGCGGCUUGUUGCCUACUUCGUGGGACGCCACGUGCCAUCGGUACUAGCAUCCAUUGUUGUGUUCGAGUGUUUGCUCGGUUUUUCACUGCAAGCUGCAAACAUAGCCGAUCCUUACACAUUUGGCGAUGACAAGUUCCGGACGUUCGGAUGGAUGGAUUUCGUCCUAGAUAACGAACUCGUCGCAAUGCGGCCACGCCCACCUGCCGUUGAGGCUGCAGUUGAUCGUGCUGAGGCUGGCAUGUUGCUGAUGAUUGGUCUCUGUAUCGUCACCUCGUCUUGUGGGUACCUCUAUCGGUGUGAAAGCAUGUUCAAGUUAUCUCCGUUCCGCAAUGUAAUGUGGGUAGGAGCGGCGUCAGUGUUGCUGUGCUUGCAAUUUGCUAUCAGUGCCCUUCGUGCUAGAAUUGUUGGGGCUGAUGGAGUCACGCUUUGGCAUUUCGUGAGCCAGUCAGUUCCUUGGACCUUUUGGGCCAUUGUUUUGGGCGUGUGGCCGCUGAUAAUAAUUGCUGUUGACGAAGCAAUCAAGACACACGACAAGCGACACCUAGUUCGCUACAACAAAUUCCUCCGGAUGCAGUUCGAUACUCGACUCGGUAUGUGGAGUCCGAAAUAA